AGAAGUGGGCGGAGCCUAGGGAGGGAGGAGUAAGGGAAGAGGGGAAAAAGAGACACGAAGCCGGAGAGGCCCGGCCGGGAUGCUCCUCGGCGGCGCCCAGAGACCAUGGCCCUCCGGAGGCCGCCGCUGCCGCCGCCGCACGGCAACGGGAGGCGAGACUGUGAUUCCAAGAAAAAAAGGAAAGAAGCAGAGAUCUACCAGGCCCUGAGCAGCGAGCCUGUGGAUGUUGCUGCACUCAGGCGCAUGGCUAUCAGCGAAGGGGGGCUUCUGAUGGAUGAGAUCCGCUGCAGGGUGUGGCCAAAGCUGCUUAAUGUGAACACGGAGGACCUGCCACCUCCGCCAGGUGAGGAACUCCGGGAGGACAACAAAGAUUACCAGCAAGUGUUGCUGGAUGUGAGGCGAUCUCUCCGACGCUUUCCUCCAGGGAUGCCAGAUGAGCAGAGGGAGGGGCUGCAGGAAGAGCUGAUUGACAGCAUCCUGCAGGUCUUGCAGCGCAACCCACAGCUUCACUACUACCAAGGCUACCAUGACAUCGUGGUCACGUUUCUGCUUGUGGUUGGAGAGAGACUGGCAACAGCCCUGGUGGAAAAGCUUUCAACCCAUCACCUCAGGGAUUUUAUGGACCCGACAAUGGACAACACCAAGCACAUCUUAAACUACCUGAUGCCCAUUAUAGACCAGGUGAACCCAGAAUUGCACGACUUCAUGCAGAGAGCUGAAGUGGGGACCAUUUUUGCUCUCAGCUGGCUGAUCACCUGGUUUGGGCACGUGCUGUCUGACUUCAGACACGUCGUGCGGUUGUAUGACUUCUUCCUGGCAUGCCACCCGCUAAUGCCAAUCUACUUUGCAGCAGUGAUCCCACAAGACCUUCCGUACGAGACCCUGAUCAGUCGAGCUGGAGACCUCUUCGUUCAGUUUCCACCAUCGGAACUUGCCCGGGAGGCUGCUCAGCAGCAAGCCGAAAGGACGGCUGCUUCCACCUUCAAAGACUUUGAGCUGGCUUCGGCCCAGCAGCGGCCCGACACGGUUCUCCGGCAGCGCUUCAGAGAGCGGCUCCGCGCGGAGGAGCGGGCAAAGUUGCUCUUGGCAACGAAACCAAGGACCAACCGCUUUGUCAAGCUGGCAGUCAUGGGGCUGACGGUGGCGCUGGGCGCGGCAGCUUUGGCUGUGGUGAAGAGCGCGCUCGAGUGGGCACCCAAAUUCGAACUCCAGAUAUUCCCCUGAGAGUCGAGGAGGAAGUUCCCCGCUUACUGUGUUCUGCUUGGUACGCCAGGCAUAGGCAGCCAUGUCUGCAGAAGGCAAAUUGGGUUUUUGAAGCACCUGCUCUCUUUCCUGCCCCUCCUCCUGCAACCUGCCUUACUAAUUCAAGCUACCCAGGCCUGGACCUGCAGUCAUCCUGUUCUCACCUCCUCUUCGUUGUCCUCCCUAAGCAUCCAGA